GAUAGAUAGAUAGAUAGAUAGAUAGAUAGAUAGUUUAGUAGCCAGACGGCCGAGGCCGGUGGAAUUUGUUUUCCGUACAGUAUGUUAGUCUCUUGUUAUUCACAAAUGCAUAAAUGGACAACAGCAGACGAUCCACACAUUAUCACGACACAAUACACAGAUACAGUCAACAUAUCAUCACAGAAACAUAGUACACACGACCAUUUACAGUAGGUGCGUGGUAAUGCAUGUCAGUAGCAUGUGAGGAGGGGGCCAGAGGGAGGAGUUCAGAGUCCUGAUAGCUAAGGGAAAAUAUAGAUAAGAUAAUCAUGACUAUUAAAUAAAAAAUUAAUUUGACAGCCGUGUAAUCUCCCUCAACCUGAGCCAUAAAACUUAUCAGAUCAUGUGAAUAUUGCGUGCACUGCAGUGUUUCUUCUUCUGUAGAAAAACACAGCAGCAACAUUUCUUCAGACCCAGCGGGACUGAGGCAGGCUGAACCAGCACAGUGCGAGUGUGUCUUCAGCUGGAGCCAUGGCACUCAGGUGGCUCAUUCUGUUCUGUGGCCUGGGACUGGCAGCAGCUAAGCUAACAGGUGAUACAGAAACUGACGUUGAUGAAGGCCGUGACUGGGACAUCUUUAACAUCAAUGAAGCGGCUGGUCUGGACCUGCUGGAGGGAGAUAUCGAACAGGAGGAAACACUCAGCAGAAACUCCAUCAUAGGAGAUAAGUAUCGCUGGCCAACAACCAUUCCCUACUACCUGGAGGACAGUCUGGACAUGAAUGCAAAGGGAGUGAUCCUGAAGGCAUUUGACCAGUACAGACUGAAGACCUGCAUCGACUUCUCACCAUGGAAAGGAGAGGAGAACUACAUCUCGGUGUUCAAAGGGAGCGGAUGCUACUCCUCUGUAGGCAACCAGCAUGUGGGGAAGCAGCAGCUGUCCAUUGGCAAAAACUGUGAUCGUCUAGGAACCGUCGAGCAUGAGUUCCUGCACGCUCUGGGCUUCUGGCACGAACAGUCCAGAGCGGACCGUGAUGAUUAUGUCGACAUCAUGUGGGAUCGUAUUGAACCUGGUAAAGAGCACAACUUCAAAACAUACGAUGACGCAGUGUCCAGUGCUCUGGGCCUUCCCUAUGACUACGGCUCUGUAAUGCACUACAGUAAGACGUCCUUUAACAUCGGCUCUGAGCCCAGCAUCGUCACCAAGAUCCCCCACUUCAUGGAUGUGAUUGGUCAGAGGAUGGGGUUCAGUGCUAGUGAUCUGACCAAGCUCAACCAUCUCUACAACUGCACCAAGUCUUCUACCUUUGUGGACAGUUGUAACUUUGAGGAGGAGAACAUUUGUGGGAUGAUUCAGGGUCCUGGCAAUGCAAAGUGGGAACAACAUAGUUCUGUGAACGGAGGGCCUCAGACUGACUUCUCCAACAUGGGACAAUGCAAAGGAAAAGGCCACUUCAUGCACUUCAGCACGGCCUCUGCGGAACCCGGCGACCGUGCAUUCCUGGAGAGUCGUUGGCUUUAUCCCAAACCUGGAGCCCAGUGUCUGCAGUUCUUCCUCCAUAACUCCGGGGCAGCUGAUGAUGUUCUCAAUAUCUGGGUGCGAGAGUAUGACAAGGCCAACCCCAGCGGAAAACUGAAGCUCUUCAAGAGUAUUUCAGGAGGUGUCAUGGGCUCUUGGGAACUGCACAACAUCAAUCUGAAUGUGACACAGAAGGCCCGUGUGGUUUUUGAGGGCGUGAGGGGAAAGAGGCCAUCAAAGGGAGGUUUCUCUCUGGACGACAUUAACCUGUCAUCCACAACGUGCCCUCAGCACAUCUGGCACAUCCACAACAUCACCGGCCUGCUGGCCACCACACCAGCAGGAAAUAAACUGUACAGCCCUCGCUUCCUGUCACCAGCAGGUUACUCCUUCCAGGUAAGUGUGUACCUAAACGGAAGAAGCGACCGUCCAGGGUACAUGGCCACCUACUUCCACCUGACUUCAGGCCCCAACGACCACAAACUCAAGUGGCCAUGUCCGUGGCAGCAGGGAACUAUGGCCCUGAUGGAUCAGCAGUCUGACAUCCGACAGCAAAUGAACAUGCACCGAAUGGUCACCACUGACCCUGGCAAGAUGUCCUCCGAUGGCACCGAGUACUACUGGGACGAUCCCAGGAAGGUGGGCUCUAAAGUGACUGCGUCUGAUGGCAGCUAUUACUAUCGAGGCCCAGGCACCGGAACAAGUACCUUCAUCACCCACAGCAGGCUAAAGAGCAGAAACUUCAUCAAAGGAGACGAUGCCUUCUUCCUCUUCAGUCUGAAAGAUAUAUCCGAUCUGCUGGUAUCUCAGCCUCUUCCCCGCUCUGCAGUCCAUGCUGAUGUCAGUCUGAUCAAGGCUUCAGACCAAGGUGCUCCACAAGGGGCUGCUAAUAACCCCACGGUGGUCAUAGCUAUGGCAGGGUCAGUGGCAGCAGCCAUGUUGGUGGUUUCCAUGUUGAUGGUAGUAAACGCCUGGAGGAGGAGGAGGAGGAGACAGCGGGAGAGUGACGAGGUGGUGAUCAUACAGGACAUGCCUGGAUUCAUGGAAGAGCACCCAACCAAAGAUUUACCAUCUCCUUUCACCACUCCAUGAUGUCCUGAUCAAAGAACAAAAAUCAACACUUACUAGAACAGAGAGCACAUUACUAAAUGUUCUCUACAACAACUAUUCAAACCAGAUUGUCACCUGACCCCUUUUCAUGUAUAUUCUGAAUUUGUUUGAUAGAAAUAAAAUAAAAUCUGACAGCAUGCAUGUUCAAAUCAUUUGUUCCCUUCAGCACAACUUCCUUAUUACCAGUCAGAGAGUGAGUGAUUUACAGCAAUGUAGUUACUUUCAAGCGCCCUGUGAAGGCACUAAGGCAGCCUUCAGAUUUACAAUUGUAGUUCCUCAGACAUCAUAACCUUGUCACUCGCUUUGUGGCUCAGCUGCAGCUCAAUUUUAAGCUUUUUGGAAGGCAUUAUCCCAAUUUAAAGAACUCAAUCCCAGACUGGGAAUCUGAAGACCCUUCAGAGCAGGGCUGGACUGGGACAGAAAAUCAGCCCUGGCAUUUUCGGCCCAGACCGGCCCUCCACAAUCGGUCGAACACCACCCACCAGUACACCAUCCUUGUGGUUGCCUUAAAUAUGCGUACUGUACUAUUCCCCCAAACCACUGCAAAGCUGAGUAGUAAGUACUGUGGACAAUUGUACCAGUGCA